AUGAUCUCUCAUACUGGAUGGCGAUCCUCGCGUGCCUUUGUUACGUUGGUUGUUUCCGUUGCUAUCUUCACCGACAUUUUCCUCUACGGACUGAUUGUACCCGUGCUUCCCUUUGCCCUAAAGGUGCGAAUGAGCUUGCCAGAGAAUGAUAUCCAACUCUGGGCCUCGGCAUUUCUGGCUGUCUAUGGAGCCUCUAUUUUUCUGGGGUCUUUACUCUUCGGCUGGAUAGGCGACCACUCAAAGGCAAGACAAGGCCCAUUCCUACUCGGCCUAGUCAUCGUAGGCGGCGCCACUUUCAUCACUGCCCUCACGACCUCCCUCCCGUUAUUUCUUCUAGCCCGGGUGCUACAGGGCCUCUCCACCUCCAGCAUCUUCACGAUCGGCUACAGCCUCCUCCUCGACACCGUCGGAACCAACCACAUCGGGAGCGCCUUGGGCUUCACCAACCUGGGCCUGAGUCUCGGGCUCUUCGCCGGGCCCAUCAUCGGCGGCUUCAUCUACGAUAUAGCCGGCUACGUGGCCGUAUUUGCCCCGGCAUUCGCACUCAUAAUCAUUGAGACAACCCUCUGCUUGCUCCUCAAGCCCCUACCACCCGGAUACAAACACAACCCAUCAUCCGAACAUAAUCCAUCGCCCGAAGAAUCACCCCUACUACACGAUGGACAAUCGCAAUCCUCACCCCCAACCAUUCUCCUACUCCUCCGCUCCCCCCGCUUCCUCGUCGCCAUGAUAGGCAUGUGCAUGCUCAACACCUUCAUGACAGCCCUCGAGGCCGUCCUCCCCCCAAUCGCCCUCGUCUUCCUGUCGAGCUCCCUCCCCCUAAUGGUUCUCUCGCCCCUUGCCGGCUACUGCGUGGACCGCGUCGGUCCCUUCUGGCCGGCUGUUUCGGGCUUUGCGCUCGCGACCCCGAGCAUGAUGCUUCUGGGCGUGGUUCAGCAGAAUACGGCCCUGCAUUCGGUGCUUCUACGUGUUUUUCUGUUCCUGUUUGGCUGCGGGGUGGCGAUGGCCAUGCCUGCCCUCAUGACAGAAAUUAGCAGGGCGACUGAGAGACUGCAUCCGGGAGGUUGCGGUGCGUCUUCGCAGGCGUAUGGCCUGAGUAAUGCUGCUUUUGCGGCUGGGACGCUGGCGGGGCCGCUUUAUGCGGCGUAUAUGAGGGAAUGGGCUGGGUGGGUGGUUUUGACUGGUUCGAUGGGGGUGUUUGGUCUUGUUACAGUGGGUUUGGUGGUUGUUUUUACACGGGGGUGUGGGAGGGAGGAUGUUUGA